AUGGGAUCUAAAGAGGACAUUGUGGCCUCUUUUAUCGAAUCGGCGCCACCUGGAGAGCUCUCCAACGUUGUCAACGACAUCAAGGCACUUGCCAGCGGUCAGCCGAAUCUCCUCCAGUCGCUCGAGCCGGCAUUCAAGAGCUACAAUGAAGAGCAAUACACCACAGUCAAGCUACCCGGUAGUAGCGAAGCAACGGUCAUCAGCCAGUACAAUUCGCUAGGAAAUGGCCGCUACUACGACACGGCGAGCCAAACGUCGUUUGAGGUCGACCAUGCCUCGCAGACGGCCUCGAAAACGCAACAGCAUCCUCUCGAAUCUCAGCAUGCCGACCUUGUCCGCUCUCUAUUGAAAUCCUUCUCCACCGCUGCAGCCGAGCAUUUCCCCUCCUACUCUAUUGGCAUCUAUCCGACCGAGUCGGAUUCCGCUAUUGCUCUAGUCCUUGUGGCCAAUAAAUACAGUCCGCAGAACUUUUGGAACGGGCGGUGGCGCAGCACAUACCUCCUCGAUCCCGCCUCAAAUUCUUUGAGCGGGAACGUCAAGGCAGAUGUGCACUACUAUGAGGAUGGCAACGUUCGCAUGUCGACCAGCAAGAAGCUGGAGCUGGGCGUCUCAGGUGGUGGAAGUGCAGAGGGUAUCAUGAAAGCCAUUGGGCAGGCAGAGAACAAGUUUCAGGAGGAGUUGAACCGGGCUUUUGUGAACCUGGCAGAGGGAAGCUUCAAGUCUUUGAGACGGCAACUUCCCGUCACGAGACAGAAGGUCGAUUGGGACAAGGUUGGGYAGUACCGGAUUGGCCAGGACGUGGGUGGUGCACGGAGAUGA